UUGCUCGAUUGCUCUCCCCUCUCUAGAUGGACAACAUGGCCACGAUGUUUUGAGUAAUCUCUCUCAGGGUCGUUUGUUUCGGAAAGCUAAACGUAACACUGCAAAACAUCGAAACCCUCAAGAGUAAUGGGUUUAACACAGAGCAGUGGUGCACCUGAGGGAGGAACCGAAGGAUAUCAUGUCCAUGGGAUUCAAGAUGACUCACCGGCAGAGAAAGCUGGGUUGGAACCGUUUUUUGAUUUCAUCAUAUCCAUUGGUCAUAAUCGUCUUAACCAGGAGAAUGAAAUGCUCAAGGACCUCCUCAAGGCUAAUGUGGAGAAACCGGUGAAGAUGGAAGUGUAUAGCACAAAGACCAUGAGGAUGCGAGAAUUGGAAGUGGUUCCCAGCAACAUGUGGGGUGGUCAAGGACUUCUGGGAGCCAGUGUCCGCUUCUGCAGCUUUCAAGGAGCCAAUGAAAACGUUUGGCAUGUUCUCGAUGUGGAGCCAAAUUCACCAGCAGCAUUGGCCGGACUCCAGGAGCACUCAGAUUUCAUUGUUGGAGCUGACCAGGUUCUCCAAGAUUCAGAGGAUUUCUUCUCCCUUAUUGAAGCCCAUGAGGGGAAACCUCUGAAGCUGCUGGUCUACAAUACAGAGACCGAUAACUGCAGGGAGGUGGUUGUCACACCAAAUGGUGCCUGGGGGGGAGAAGGCAGUCUUGGCUGUGGCAUUGGAUAUGGCUACCUGCACCGAAUCCCAGCACGACCUGAAAGCCCAAAAUCAGAAAAAUUCAGUCCAAAAGCUUCUCCUGUGGCAGGAACGCCAGAGCAAGAGCUUCCUACAAAUGGAUUCACAGAGGUGUCCUUAAUGGCGUCCAGUCAGUCAAUGAGUGGCUUCGAUCUUGACACCCCACUGCCACCUCCCAUUCAGAGAGUCAUGGAUCCUGGUUUCUUGGAUCAGUCAGAAGUGGUCAUGAUGAAUUCGGAGGUGUCAGACAUAGCAGACCGACUGGACCUAUCCACUUCUUCCAUUGACAUGACAAACACAUCCCUAGCUGUCCGAGAGGACAUUGACGUAUCAGGUGUCGAGGAGCUUCAAGAUAUGGGGGUUUCUAGUCAUAACCCUGAGGAACAAAAUACAGAGGACUAUCCUGCUGUGGAUUUCCGUGGAUUUCAAUCACCUUCAGAUUUUUCUCUUCCCCUUUCUCACCCACACGCUCUUCUCCCAAAUCUGCCUCUCGAUCAUAGCUUGCCGACAGACAUGGCAUAUUUGGUCAAUUCUUCAAUCCCAUCUCUCGACUCUUCUGUGCCUCCCAUAGACAUCUCUUCCCUGCUCAUUGACCCCGCCGCCCUUCAUCUCGAGUCAUCUGCCCCACCUGCAGAGUAUCCCGUGCAACCCAACGAGUCCUCACCCUUCUCCUCUGAAAGUGAUGGUGUCAAUCAGGGUGUUUCUGAUGAGCCACAGUCUCAAAAGAGCAGCUUGUCUGAGGACAGAGCAGAGGCCGUAUCCUCUGACCCGAUGUCUUUUGAUUCCCAUAAUGCACGUGUCAAAGAUGAAGCUGUUUCUCAGUAGUGACACUACCAAGUACUACCUUGUGUCUUGUUUACGCAGUUGCACAAAAAUCAUCGAGCGUGUGUUUCUUAAUGGAUUUGUUACUGUUAGGACCUGGUGUGUUUUUUAAACGGUUGUGUGCAAUUUACGUUUUAUAUUGCAUUUUGGUUAGCAUCUAGUAGUGAUGAUGAUGGUAGGCUGUUGGAAUGUGUGUAGGCCGUUGUUUUAAAUUGUGUAGAUAUUAAUUUAGAAGAUAAUGUUUUAUGUUACUACAUUUAAACCUUUUUAUUUAGCUUGAUUUAUUAAAACUGCUUAUAUUCUUCUACCAGUUUAGCCCAAGCCCCCCCCC